AUGCCUCCAACCAGUGCCUCCGCCCGACUCGAUCUAUCUUUGCUUCCUUACAAAAUGGUCCGUAAGAUAGGCUCUGGCUCUUUUGGAGAGGUCUACCUUAUGGAGGACCGUGUGAACCCAGAUAUCAAAGUUGCCGCAAAGAUGAUAUCCAAAUCAAAAAGAAUGAAAGCCCAUAAAGAGUUCUUGAUACAUAAAGAACUCUCGGAUGUUGGACAUGAAAAUGUGAUCAGAAUUUUGGAAAUGGGAAAGUCUCCAGACUUUCAUUAUCUAUAUUUGGAGUACGCCGAGUGUGGAGACCUUUUUGACCGUAUCCCGAUGAACUCUUCUAUGAGACCACCGAUGGCUCGAAAAUAUUUCAAGCAACUAAUAACUGGCUUGAAGUUUAUCCAUGGACAAGGUGUGGUUCACCGCGAUAUUAAACCGGAGAAUCUGUUAAUUGGAUAUGGUGACAUUCUCAAGAUUUGUGACUUUGGACAUGCCACAAAGUACCUCCGAACCGGAAUUGAGGUUCUACUUGCUCCAGAAGUUGGCACCGUCGAGUACGCAGCUCCAGAGAACUAUGGCCCAGAACACAGAGGACCACCACUGGAUGUGUGGGCUGCAGGAGUGACACUGAUGACUAUGGUGGUUGGAGAGUAUUUGUGGAAGAAGGCUGAUGUAGACUGUCGGGAAUAUCGAAAGUGGAUUUCAGGGAAGAGUCUAACAAAGUACAAUCCAUUCCGGAGAAUGAACAGUGUGUUGUUUAAACUACUACGACAGAUUCUCACAGAUGACGUGGAUCAGCGGCUGACACUCGAUGAAAUCGAGAAUAAUCCAUGGGUCCGGUUGAACAAAGAUGUGGAGUAUGAUGUGAUCACAAUUGAAUGA